ACACAUCACUGCGAUUUCGCAUCUCGACCGUGCUGCAUCGCGUUAAUGUUGGGCUCUUUUAAUUUUUGCGUGUAGAGUUUUUUAAGCUAACUUUUUCUCGACUUUUUUUUAAAUUUUCAAUUCAGGGAGGCGAUUGGGCUCAAACUGGAUUAACGAAAUACAAAAUUAUUCUCAAAAGAAAAACGCACACGUGUCUUUAGUUUUUUUUCUCUGUGUAUACAUUGUUGAACCGUUAGUUUAUCGAAAAUGGGCAAGCCACCGCCAAAUCAAGAAAACGAAGAUCCAACCCCAUACCUUUUCGUUUCUCUCGAACAAAAGCGUAUCGAUCAAUCGAAACCAUACGAUUCGAAGAAAGCAUGUUGGGUGCCAGACGAGAAGGAUGGUUAUGUCUUGGGUGAGAUCAAGGCCACCAAGGGAGACAUCGUUUCCGUCGGAAUUCCAGGUGGAGAGACUAGAAAUGUUAAGAAAGAGGACGUUGGUCAAGUCAAUCCACCAAAAUUCGAAAAAGUCGAAGAUAUGGCCGAUUUGACCUAUCUCAACGAAGGUGCAGUUUUGCACAAUUUGAAACAACGUUAUUACUACAAACUCAUCUAUACUUACUCCGGUCUUUUCUGCGUUGCUAUCAAUCCAUACAAACGCUACCCAGUCUAUACCAACCGUUGUGCCAAGAUGUACCGUGGUAAACGUCGUAAUGAAGUUCCACCACAUAUUUUCGCCAUUUCUGAUGGUGCCUACGUCAACAUGUUGACCAACCAUGAAAAUCAAUCUAUGUUGAUUACUGGUGAAUCUGGUGCAGGUAAAACUGAAAACACCAAAAAGGUCAUUGCCUACUUCGCCACCGUUGGUGCAUCGCAAAAGAAGGAUGCCGUUCAAGAAAGCAAGGGCUCAUUGGAAGAUCAAGUCGUCCAAACCAAUCCUGUACUUGAAGCUUUCGGUAACGCCAAGACCGUCCGUAACGAUAACUCGUCACGUUUCGGUAAAUUCAUCCGUAUUCAUUUCGGUCCAUCUGGUAAAUUGGCUGGUGCUGAUAUCGAAACCUACUUGUUGGAAAAAGCUCGUGUCAUCUCCCAACAAUCUUUGGAACGUUCAUACCACAUCUUCUACCAAAUCAUGUCUGGUUCAGUUCCAGGAGUUAAAGAGUAUUGUUUGCUCUCCAACAACGUCAUGGACUAUCAUGUUGUGUCACAAGGAAAAACCAGCAUUCCAAACGUUGAUGAUGGCGAAGAAUUCUCAUUAACCGACCAAGCCUUCGAUAUCUUGGGCUUCACCAAAGACGAAAAGCAAGAUGUCUACAAAAUCACUGCCGCUGUCAUGCACAUGGGUGGUAUGAAAUUCAAGCAACGUGGUCGCGAAGAACAAGCCGAAGCUGAUGGUAUGGAAGAAGGUGAACGUGUCGCCAAAUUGCUCGGCUGCGACACCCAAGAUUUGUACAAGAACUUGUUGAAACCACGUAUCAAGGUCGGUAACGAAUUCGUCACCCAAGGUCGUAACGUUGUUCAAGUCAACAACUCCAUUGGUGCCUUGUGUAAAGGUGUUUUCGAUCGUCUCUUCAAAUGGUUGGUCAAGAAAUGUAACGAAACUCUUGACACCAAACAAAAACGUCAACACUUCAUCGGUGUAUUGGAUAUUGCUGGUUUCGAAAUCUUCGACUACAACGGUUUCGAACAAUUGUGUAUCAAUUUCACCAACGAAAAAUUGCAACAAUUCUUCAACCAUCACAUGUUCGUGUUGGAACAAGAAGAAUACAAACGUGAAGGUAUUGAAUGGACCUUCAUCGAUUUCGGAAUGGAUCUUCAACAAUGUAUUGAACUUAUUGAAAAGCCAAUGGGUAUCUUGUCAAUUCUUGAAGAAGAAUCUAUGUUCCCGAAAGCCACCGAUCAAACCUUUGCUGAAAAAUUGAACACCAACCAUUUGGGUAAAUCAGCUCCAUUCCGUAAACCAGCACCUCCAAAGGCUGGCCAACAAGCCGCUCACUUUGCAAUUGCCCAUUAUGCUGGUACUGUCGGUUAUAACAUCACCGGUUGGUUGGAAAAGAACAAGGAUCCAUUGAACGACACCGUUGUCGAUCAAUUCAAGAAAUCAUCAAACAAAUUGUUGAUUGAAAUCUUCGCUGACCAUCCAGGACAAUCAGGUGGCGGUGAACAAGCUAAGGGCGGUCGUGGUAAGAAGGGUGGUGGUUUCGCCACUGUCUCAUCAUCAUACCGUGAACAAUUGAACAACUUGAUGAACACAUUGCGUGCCACUCAACCUCAUUUCGUCCGUUGUAUUAUUCCAAAUGAAUUGAAACAGCCCGGUGUUAUCGAUUCUCACUUGGUCAUGCAUCAAUUGACAUGUAACGGUGUGUUGGAAGGUAUCCGUAUUUGCCGUAAAGGUUUCCCCAACAGAAUGGUCUACCCAGACUUCAAACUUCGCUACCAAAUUCUCUGCCCAAAACAAUUGGUCGGUGUUUCAGAUCCUAAGAAGGCUGCUGACAUUAUUUUGCAAUCCACUGGAUUGCCAGAUGACGCUUUCCGUCUUGGAGCAACAAAGGUAUUCUUCCGUGCCGGUGUCUUGGGUCAAAUGGAAGAAUUCCGUGAUGAACGUCUCGGUAAAAUCAUGUCAUGGAUGCAAGCCUGGGUCCGUGGUUACUUGUCACGUAAAGAAUACAAGAAAAUCCAAGACCAACGUCUUGCCCUCCAAGUUGUCCAACGCAACUUGCGCAAAUACAUGCAAUUGCGUACCUGGCCAUGGUGGAAAUUGUGGCAAAAGGUCAAGCCUUUGCUCAAUGUUUCACGUGUUGAAGACGAAAUUGCUAAAUUGGAAGAGAAAGCCCGUAAAGCUGAAGAAGCCUUCGCCGCUGAAGAGAAAUUGCGUAAAGAAUUGGAAGGACUUAACUCAAAAUUGUUAGCCGAAAAGACAGCUCUUUUGGAUUCAUUGGCUGGCGAAAAGGGUUCAUUGCAAGAAUACCAAGAAAAAUCUGCUAAAUUGCAAGCCCAAAAGAACGAUCUCGACAACCAACUUCGUGACACACAAGAUCGUUUGUCACAAGAAGAAGAUGCCCGCAACCAAGUGUUCCAACAAAAGAAAAAAUUGGAACAAGAAUGCUCAGGUUUGAAGAAGGACAUCGAAGAUUUGGAACUUAGCGUUCAAAAGAUUGAACAAGAUAAGGCCACCAAAGAUCAUCAAAUCCGGAAUUUGAACGAUGAAAUCGCCCACCAAGAUGAGCUCAUCAACAAAUUGAACAAAGAAAAGAAAUUGCAAGGCGAAACCAACCAAAAGACCGGCGAAGAAUUACAAGCUGCCGAAGACAAAAUCAAUCACUUGAACAAAGUGAAAGCCAAACUAGAACAAACAUUGGACGAACUUGAAGACUCAUUGGAACGCGAAAAGAAAUUGCGCGGUGAUGUUGAAAAGGCCAAACGCAAGGUUGAAGGUGACUUGAAAUUGACACAAGAAGCCGUUUCCGAUUUGGAACGUAACAAAAAAGAACUCGAACAAACCAUUGCCCGCAAAGACAAAGAAUUGUCAUCUCUCACCGCCAAAUUGGAAGAUGAACAAUCCGUUGUUAGCAAGAGCCAAAAACAAAUCAAAGAAUUGCAAUCGCGCAUCGAAGAACUCGAAGAAGAAGUUGAAGCCGAACGUCAAGCUCGCGCCAAGGCCGAAAAACAACGUGCCGAUUUGGCUCGUGAAUUGGAAGAAUUGGGCGAACGUUUGGAAGAAGCCGGUGGUGCAACAUCAGCACAAAUUGAACUCAACAAAAAACGUGAAGCCGAACUCAGCAAACUCCGUCGUGACUUGGAAGAAGCUAACAUUCAACAUGAAGGUACAUUGGCCAAUCUCCGCAAAAAGCACAAUGAUGCUGUUGCUGAAAUGGCCGAACAAGUCGAUCAACUCAACAAAUUGAAGGCUAAAGCUGAAAAGGAAAAAUCCCAAUACUUCGGUGAAUUGACUGAUCUUCGUGGAAGUGUUGACCACCUUGCCAACGAAAAGGCUGCCCAAGAAAAGAUCGCCAAACAACUCCAACACACCUUGAACGAAGUACAAAGCAAACUCGAUGAAACCAACCGCACUCUCAACGACUUCGAUGCCCAAAAGAAGAAGCUUUCAAUUGAAAACUCAGACCUCCUCCGUCAACUCGAAGAAGCUGAAUCACAAGUUUCACAAUUGUCGAAGAUCAAGAUUUCGCUCACCACACAACUCGAAGACACCAAACGUUUGGCCGAUGAAGAAUCACGUGAACGUGCCACUUUGUUGGGUAAAUUCCGUAAUUUGGAACACGAUUUGGACAACCUUCGUGAACAAGUUGAAGAAGAAGGUGAAGGCAAAGCCGAUUUGCAACGUCAACUCAGCAAAGCCAACGCUGAAGCUCAAGUAUGGCGUACCAAAUACGAAUCGGACGGUGUUGCUCGUUCAGAAGAACUUGAAGAAGCCAAGAGAAAGUUGCAAGCACGUUUGGCCGAAGCCGAAGAAACCAUCGAAUCACUCAACCAAAAAUGCAUUGCAUUGGAAAAGACCAAACAACGUUUGUCAACCGAAGUCGAAGACUUGCAAUUGGAAGUCGACCGUGCCAAUGCUAUUGCCAAUGCUGCCGAAAAGAGACAAAAGGCAUUCGACAAAAUUAUUGGCGAAUGGAAACUCAAAGUCGACGAUUUGGCUGCUGAACUUGAUGCAUCACAAAAAGAAUGCCGCAAUUACUCAACCGAAUUGUUCCGUCUCAAGGGUGCAUACGAAGAAGGACAAGAACAAUUGGAAGCUGUCCGUCGUGAAAACAAAAAUCUCGCCGAUGAAGUUAAAGAUCUUCUUGACCAAAUUGGUGAAGGUGGUCGCAACAUUCACGAAAUCGAAAAGGCACGCAAACGCUUGGAAGCCGAAAAGGAUGAACUUCAAGCCGCUCUUGAAGAGGCUGAAGCCGCUUUGGAACAAGAAGAGAACAAAGUAUUACGUGCUCAACUUGAAUUGUCGCAAGUACGUCAAGAAAUUGACCGUCGCAUCCAAGAGAAAGAAGAAGAAUUCGAAAACACACGCAAGAACCACCAACGUGCCCUCGACUCAAUGCAAGCUUCACUUGAAGCCGAAGCUAAAGGAAAGGCUGAGGCGUUGCGCAUGAAGAAGAAGUUGGAAGCCGACAUCAACGAACUCGAAAUUGCUUUGGAUCACGCCAACAAGGCUAACGCUGAAGCCCAAAAGAACAUCAAACGCUACCAACAACAACUCAAAGACUUGCAAACCGCUUUGGAAGAAGAACAACGUGCCCGCGACGAUGCUCGUGAACAACUUGGCAUCUCUGAACGUCGUGCCAACGCACUCCAAAACGAACUCGAAGAAUCACGUACAUUGCUCGAACAAGCCGACCGUGCCCGUCGUCAAGCCGAACAAGAAUUGGGUGAUGCUCACGAACAACUCAACGAAAUCUCUGCCCAAAAUGCAUCGAUUUCAGCUGCCAAACGCAAGUUGGAAUCAGAACUUCAAACAUUGCAUUCAGAUUUGGAUGAAUUGUUGAAUGAAGCCAAGAAUUCUGAAGAAAAAGCCAAGAAAGCCAUGGUUGAUGCUGCCCGUCUUGCCGAUGAACUCCGUGCCGAACAAGACCAUGCCCAAACACAAGAAAAAUUACGCAAAGCCCUUGAACAACAAAUCAAAGAAUUGCAAGUUCGUUUGGAUGAAGCCGAAGCCAAUGCACUUAAAGGUGGCAAGAAAGCAAUCCAAAAAUUGGAACAACGUGUCCGUGAACUCGAAAAUGAAUUGGAUGGUGAACAACGACGACAUGCCGAUGCCCAAAAGAAUCUCCGCAAAUCAGAACGUCGCAUCAAGGAAUUGACCUUCCAAUCAGAAGAAGACCGCAAGAACCACGAACGUAUGCAAGACUUGGUCGACAAACUUCAACAAAAGAUCAAGACAUACAAGAGACAAAUCGAAGAAGCCGAAGAAAUUGCCGCUCUCAAUUUGGCCAAAUUCCGCAAAGCCCAACAAGAACUCGAGGAAGCUGAAGAGCGCGCUGACUUGGCUGAACAAGCCAUCAGCAAAUUCCGUGCCAAAGGACGUGGUGGUUCAGUUGCACGUGGUGGAAGCCCAGGCCAAACAGCAAGUAAAGCCGUACCACUGGUACGCAAGAGUGCGCUGGAAUAAUUAGUUAAUCAGCAUUUCCACGAGCACAAUCUGUAAGACCAGAUGGAUUUGGCACCUUCCCACCAAGAUUCGACCUUGCACCUGAAAACGAUUUCUUCGCUUAAAUUAUUAACUUAAUUUUUUAAAAUAAUCCAAAGAAAAAAAAAAUUUCAUAUACGCAGAAUUUAAAAAAAAUGAUACAUUACAAAGAAAAAAAAAACUAGAGACAUCAUCGAACGGGCGAAAAUCGAAACGAGCUGCAUACGUCAAACGUAUCGUCCCAACAAAUAUUCUAAUUUUUACUUUUUAAAAAUCGAAAUUUUUAUGUUUUUUCAUCAUUUCUAAUAUACACAUACAGACAGAAAAAACAAAUGCCGACACACAUAUUUAUGAUUUAUAAACAGAAAUGCCAACUUCAUUUCCAUAUCAUUAUCGCAUCAAAAGUAUAGAAUGGAUUCAAUUGAUUUGUUAUCUAUCUAAACCAAGAAUAAAAUACACAUCGAUGAAUAAUGUUUAAAUUUAAAAAAAGCAAACUUGUAUUUAGUUUUACAACGUUUUACAUUCGAGUAGUUCGAUUUUGAUCGGAAAAUUUCAUCAAAUAAAAACAUAAAAUCUAAAGACACACGUGCAAAUAAAGAAGCCCAAAAUACCACGAACCGAUCUAGAUCGCUAUUUCGACUGUCGAAACAGUAUAAUCCAUUUAUAUGUGUGACACUUGAGAAAAUAAAAAAAAUAUUUAAUUUACAAGAAAAAAA